CUGCCUAUGCAUCCCGCCCCCCUAGUCUUCUCUGGCCAGCCCUGCGGAGGCCCCUCAUUUUGACUCGGCCGCUUGUGAAAAUACUCCCAUCCCCUCUUCAUCCUGCUGCUCCCAACUUCGUAUUUCUCUACUGCUCCUCCUCGCUUCUCCGGACUUGCGACGCUCGCGCUGUGCCUCAUCCUCCUCCGCAGUUAGUUUGUGCGAUUCCGCCCCGUCGGUCGAUUCUUGGAUAGCUCUCGGCCCGCCAAGCUUGCUUGCUUGCUGCACUAACACGACAAGACGUGAGUGGUCAGAUCGCCCGCCUCUUUUCCCUCCCUCGUCACCCCGACAGAUGCCGUCUGUGGUCGAGCACGCGCGUGUUCGCGAAAUCGUCGUCGUGGGACGAGGCACGGGCCACUGUCGCGCACUGCCACCAGCUACCUUUCCACUCGCCUUCAAACUGUCGUGAUGCCGUCCGAAGCUAGCUAGACGCUGACAUUGUACACGCCUCCAGCCCCUGCUCGCACCGACGGCCGCAUCUGCCGUUGGCUUCAUAUCUUGGACGCGCCCACCACCCACCAUCGCCACCAUGGGCUCCAUCAAAGGCGGCAUCGCGCCCUUCGAGGCGACGUCCCUCGACGACAUCCAGGCCAAGUACGACACUCUGCGAAAGACGUACCGCACCAACCGCACCAAGGACUUUGAGUUCCGCAAGAAGCAGAUUCGCCGCCUCUACUGGGGGCUCAUUGACUGCGCACCCCUCAUCGAGGAGGCCCUGAUGAAGGACAUGGGCAAGUGCAAGUACGAGGCGCACGUCACCGAGCUCGAGUGGUGCAAGACGGAGUGCGUCAACGUCGCCAACAAGCUCGACGCCUGGGCCAAGGACGAGCCCGUCGCCGACCUGCCCCUGCAGUACUGGCCCAUGAAGAUGCGCAUGAGGAACGAGCCCCUCGGUACCAUCCUCAUGAUUGGCGCCUACAACUACCCCUACCAGCUCAACAUCACCCCCCUCGUCGGCGCCAUCGCUGCUGGCAACACCGUCAUCCUCAAGCCGUCGGAGCACUCGCCCCACUCCGCCAUGGUACUCAAGAAGCUCUUUGAUGAGUAUCUCGACCCCGAGUGCUACGUCUGCGUCAACGGCGCCCUCGAGGAGACCAAAUUCGUCAUGGACCUCAAGUUUGACAAGGUCGUCUUCACCGGUGGCAAGAAGACGGGCGCCAUCAUUGCCACGAAGGCCGCGCAGUCCCUGACCCCCGUCCUCCUCGAGCUCGGAGGCCAGAACCCCGCCUUCCUCACCAAGCACAGCGACCUGAAGCUCGCCGCCAGGCGUCUCCUCUGGCAAAAGUGCCUCAACGCCGGCCAAGUCUGUCUGUCGCACAACUACGUCCUCAUCGACCGCAGCCUCGUGUCCAAGUUCAUCGGCGAGGUCACGGCCGCGUACCGCACGUUCAUGCCCCAGGGCGCCAAGAAGAGCCCUGAUUUCUCCCGCAUUGUCAACAAGACUCACUUUGACCGCAUCAAGGCCAUGGUGGACAACACCAAGGGCAAGAUCGUCAUGGGUGGUGAUAGCGACGAGUCCGAGUUUUUCAUCGAGCCGACGGUCGUCCUGGUCGACAGCAUCGACGACAGCAUGAUGGCCGAGGAGAGCUUUGGCCCGGUCUGGUCCAUCAUGCCCGUCGACAGCCUCGACGAGGCCAUCGAUAUUGCCAACAAGGUCGAUCCCACACCCCUGGCGCUGUACACCUUUGGCUCGGACGCAGAGAACAAGAAGGUACUUGAGAACGUCACCUCUGGCGGUGCCACAGCCAACGAUGCCUUCUUCCACUGUAUGGUCAACGCGUCGCCUAUCGGUGGUAUUGGCUCUUCUGGCACGGGCAACUACCAUGGCCACUACUCGUUCAAGGCGUUCAGCCACCAGCGCUGCAUUGCCACCGUCCCCGCCUGGGCCGAAAAGGUCCUCCGCGUGCGAUACAUGCCUUACUCGUGGGGUGAGCUCGAGCGCUACAAGAAGAUCUCGGCGCCCAAGCCCAACUUUGACCGCGAUGGUAAUGUGGUGCGAGGGCUCAAGUACUGGGUCGGCCUCGUCUUCGGCCUCGGAGGAAAGAGUGCAUCGUCGGCCGCUCUAAGGUGGGGGAUUCUGAUCGCUGUCCUUUCGUUCCUUGGGCUGAAGAGAAGCUCGCUAGGCCUGUGAAUGGUACCGACCCGACGCCUCAAGCACGUACUUAGGACGCAUUGGUUGUGUUGGGGGACGCCAGAAUGAGAUGCGUGAAAGACAUAUCCGUGGGCGACGCAACGAUGCCUCGCGCGCGUGCCUGUACCUUGCUAGCGACGCUUUUCUUUUGUCAUUGGGGUCCGACGUAGAUGUGCAUGUAUGAUUGUUGGGGCUGAGCUCUUGUGCACGCUCACGAGAGAAGAGCCAAAAAGGCGAAAUAAUUGAGACGUGCUGGGUAAUAGUAUUCUCACAUGGCCGAAAGAGAGACGCAAAUCAUCAAAUGUUGUGCGAGUGGCUUAUAAUCCUGUAUUCUAUUGAGACCUAGCGGCUCGCUAUGAUGGUAGCCAACCUUUUCCCUCUUUCGCCUCCCAAAUACAAGUCGUCGUCUGCCGAUUCGCGGCCAAUCUCGACCGCCUCGUGAUAUGCCCUCGUCACGGUAUCCUCGUCAACCCGCAAUCCGUUCUCCACGAGGGCCAGGAUGACGCUGCGGAAGCGGGCGAUCUCCCGCAUGGUGGCGACGUCAAUAUCGUCAUUUUGACUC